UCUUCAUGAUGUCUGUGUUUCCUCUAUCAGUCAUGGCUUCCUCCAGCAGUCUCCUGUCUGAAGAUCAGCUCCAGUGCUCUAUCUGUCUGGAUGUGUUCACUGAUCCGGUCUCUACUCCAUGUGGACACAACUUCUGCAUGGUCUGUCUCAGAAAGUGCUGGAACAGCAGCUCACACUGCCAGUGUCCUGUGUGUAAGGAGGAGUUCUCCAGAAGACCUGAGCUUCGUGUGAACACCUUCAUCUCUGGACUGGCUGCUCAGUUCAAGAAGUCGCUUCAGGUGAAAUCCAGCAGAUCUUCAGAGAAACCUCCCUCCAAGCCUAAGAAGAUUCUGUGUGAUUCCUGCACUGAGAAAAAGAUGGAGGCUCUGAAGUCCUGUCUGGACUGUGGAGUAUCUUACUGCAGCGAUCAUCUGACCCUCCAUAAAACUACACCUAAACUCAAGAAGCACAAGCUGAUGGACCCUGUGGAGAACCUGGAGGACUACAUCUGCCAGAAACAUGAGAGACCCCUGGAGCUGUUCUGUAGAGACGACCAGACGUGUGUGUGUCAGUUCUGCACUGAGGGAGACCACCGGACUCACAGCACUGUUCCUAUAGAGGAGGAGAGUGGAGAGAAGAAGACUCAGCUGGGGAAGACACAGGCAGAUGUUCAGCAGAUGAUCCAGGACCGAAUGAAGAAGAUUGAGGAGAUCAAUCACUCUGUAGAUCUCAAUAAAAAAAACACAGAGAAGGAGAAAGCAGACAGUGUGGAAGUCUUCAAGGCUCUGGUGCGCUGCAUUAAGAGAAGCCAGGCUGAGCUGCUGGAGGUGAUGGAGGAGAAGCAGAAAGCAGCAGAGAGGCAGGCUGAAGAGCUGAUUAAAGAGCUGGAGCAGGAAAUCACUGAGCUAAAGAGGAGAGACACUGAGCUGGAGCAGAUCUCCCACACUGAGGACCACCUCCACCUCCUACAGAUUUACCCGUCCCUCUGCAGACCCCCACACACCAAGAACUGGACUGACGUCAGUGUUAACACUCCUCUGAGGGUGGAGACUCUGAGGAAAGCUCUGUCUCAGCUUCAGGAAGCCCUCAGUGAGGAGAUGGAGAAGCUUCCUGAGAUCAAACUGAAGAGAAUUCAACAAUAUGCAGUGGAUGUGACUCUGGAUCCUGAUACAGCUCAUCCUGCUCUCAUCCUGUCUGAUGAUGGGAAACAGGUGAAACAUGGAGACAUCCGACAGAACGUUCCUGAUUCUCCACAGAGGUUUGACGAGUGUCUCUGUGUUCUGGGAAAGGAGGGAUUCUCCUCAGGGAGGUUUUACUAUGAGGUUCAGGUCAGAGGAAAGAGUAGGUGGAGUUUAGGAGUGAUCAGAGAGUCUAGCAACAGGAAGGGGCUGAUUACAGUCAGUCCUGAGAAUGGACUCUGGUCUAUAGUUCUGAGGAAUGAAACUGAAUAUAAAGCCUGGGAGUCUCCUCCUGUCCUCCUCUCCUUAAAUCAGGUUCUCCAGAAGGUGGGGGUGUUUGUGGAUUAUGAGGAGGGUCUGGUCUCCUUCUAUGAUGUUGAGGUCAGAUCUCAUAUCUACUCUUUCACUGGUCAGUCUUUCACUGAGAAAAUCUAUCCAUUCUUCAGUCCCGGUAACAAUGAAGGAGGUAAAAACUCAGCUCCACUGAUCAUCACUCCUGUUCAUCAUCAUAAAUGAGCUUCUUUUACCCCAAAAAUAAUAUUUUCUUUAAUAUUUUAGACAGUAAAUUUGAGUAAAAUAUAAAUGGGUGGGUUAAACGAUGCAUGAUUUUACAGUAAUCAAGUAAAAAUAUUAAUUAGGGUGUUUUUUCCUCAAUAAAUCUUCUGUUAGUGAUGUAAAAUAGAUUUAUGUUUUAUUUAGAUUUUUUUUGUGAGGUAAACAGAAUGCAGAAUGUCCUGUGGUGUGACGUAAUAUGAAUGAAUUAUGAAAUAUAAACCCUUAUAUAGGAUAAAUCAGUAAUAUCUGAACUGUUUAUAAUGGCUUUAAUCAUGUUUACAUACCAGUAUGUAGGAUCAGACUCCUACAAUAAUUAUCACAGGACAUUUUUAAGGCUUUGUGAUGAAAAUUAUCAGGUUUUUAAACAGGCAGUUUGAUGGUUGAAAGUUUAAAUAUAUAUUUACUCAGUUACCAAAAUGUGCAGGGUUAAUUACAUGAACUUGUUUUUUUAUUUUACUGUAAUGUAAUGUCACACCGCAGGACAGUUUAUGUACAAGGUUGUGAGAAAAGCUUAUAAAAUGGUAGAAAAAGAGAAAUAAUGUCUGAAGAAAACGAGCAGAUCAGGAUAGUUUAAACUCUGAACUGCAGAAUUUCCUAAAAUGAGUUAAAAUAUGAAAAUAUAAAAGUAGUUUAUUUUAUAAAUAUCUGUUUCAGCUCCAUUCAUCAAAUACCCAAAUCCAGUGAAUGAAUGAAGAAUGUAAAAAUGUAAUAAAUGAAGAUUAAAUCAGGAUCUUUGAUCCAGUUUCUCUGUGUUAAAGAGGCUCAUCUCUAAAUCCUCUUUUUAGCAUCAUUUAUGAAAAGUGAUGUUUAGUCUGUACUGUAAUCUGUACACAGUUAAUCAGACAGCAGGUAAAGCUACCUGUACCUGUUUCACUGUGUUCUGUCUUGUGCUGCAGAGCCAGUUUCAUCCUAUUUACUGUCCUGAAUAAACUCUAAUAAAGAUCUGCUUUCAUGAAGCUCUUUUUCUAUCA